AUGAUCCUAUUCCAUGACCAAUGUUCUCCCAAACUGGCCAUUUAUAACUGGCUUAAUCCUCCUACCAACCCUCUAGGGACUUCACGUGCCGCGGUUAGACUCUCAGCUCCAUCCAAAGCGUCCCGCAUCGCGAACACGACUUCUACAGCCAUGAGCGGCGGAAACAUAAACUAUGGCGGGCUGUCGGAGGAAGCGGCGCGCGCGGCGGGGAUAAAGGGGAAGAAGAGCACGUUCAAGGAGAAGACGUGGGUGAACCCGUCGCGCACGCUCUACAUCACCAACGUGCCGCCCGGCGCCUCCACGGAGCAGCUCGAAGGGCUCUUUCGGCAUCUGGAGGGCUUCAUUGCCUUUCGUCGGGUGCGCAGCAUGUGCUUCGUUGACUUUGAUGAGAAGCAGCAUGCAACAGCGGCCAUGUGGAAGACCAACGGGCACAAGUUCAAGCCGCACCACGACGGGCUGCUCGUCAGCUACGACAAGGACGACGGGGAGGAGAAGGGGGGGUGGAGCAUGAGGCAGCGCGUGGAGGAGCGGCAGCGCAAGGCGGAGGCGGACCUCUCCCGCGUGCUCUACCGCUGCGCCGCCUGCAACCACUUCUGCUUUAAACUCGCGCGCCCCCUGUCAGUGCUGCCGGAGAGGCGCACGGACGGCAGCAGGGUGGUGGAGGCGGCCACGGACCUGGUCACCAUGAUGGCUGUUAAGGGCGGGCAGAAGCUGCUCAAGAGCAACCGUGGCAUUGGUGUGCGGACAUCACGUGGAGCAUGGGAGAAGGGCGUGGAGCGCCAGUUCCGGUACAACUGUGAGCUGUGUGAUGCCUGCAUCGGUUACCGCCCCGUGCCCUACGAGCAGGACUGCAAGUACAUCUACCUCUUCCCGGAGGCCUUGACGGAGUCGAAGCCAGGCCAGCCGAGCCUCUCCUCCCCGGCAGCAACAGUGGCAGCAGCGGUGGCGGCGGGCGUGCCAGUGUCCCCAGCGGUGGCACAGCUGCGGCCCAUCACCGUGGCAGCUGACGGGCUGCCCUCCAUCCUCGGCCGCCCUGGCAUGCCCCUCCCUGCCAUUGCUGAAGACGCUGCUGCUGCUGACGAAGGGAAAGGGAGGGAGGAGGAGGUUGAUGGAAGCAGUGUCAAUGGCGAAAGCAGGCAAGAGGAGAGGAGGCCACAGAGUGCGAGCUCCAAGGACUAA